AUGGCGGCCGCGCUGGAGCCGAGGAGGCUGGCCGACGCGCAGGCACGCCAUGCCCAGGAGGUCGAGGAGCUGCGCGGCCGCCUGGCCGCGGCCUGCCCGGGCCGGGAGCCGGACGACCUCUUCCUGCUGCGGUACGUGCUGUCCUACGAGGGCGGAGGCCCGGGCGCUGCCGCGGCCGCCGCUCGCGCGAUCGCGUGGCGCGAGAAGCACAGGGGGCUGGUGGCCGCCGCCCAGGCGUGCACGGACGAGCUCGCGUCGGAGCCGCUGAAGGAAUGGAUCAGCCUGGAGCACCUGCGGGUCAUAGAUUCUUGCCUGGUCGCGAGGUUUGCUGGGCAGACCAGCACCCCGCAGGGCUUCCCGCUCUACGUGAUCCACUCGGGGCGGUGCAGGCUGCGGAAGCUUAUGGACACCGUGGACAUCAAGUCCGUGGCUUUGUGGCUCACUUGGCGCAACGAGAUCGGCUACUGGCGCUGCGAUGCCGCGACCCGUCGCAGCGGCCUGCUGAUGAAGCAGGUGGUAGUGAUGAGCAUGGAGGGCGCGCUGAUGUCAGGGCAGGACCCGCGCUUCUUCGUGUCCUACGGAAAGUCUUCCAAGCGAUCCGAGUACCUCCACCCGCAGCUGCUCGCGCGGCAG